UUGGGUUCCCUCACCCCAUCCAUUCGUUGUUGAUGCUAGAUGGUGAUGGAGGGGCCAGAGGGACCGCUACCGGCGCCGCUGGGCUGCUAAACACCGACAGAGAGAGCGAGUUGUUGGGAGAGGAGCGGCAUGGAGACCGUGGAGCAGCUCGUUUCCUUCCACCACAUCCAGGUCCAGCUGACCGGGGGCGCGCCUUGGGGCUUUACCCUGAAAGGAGGACUGGAGCACGGCGAGCCGCUCAUCAUCACCAAAAUCGAGGACGGAGGAAAGGCUGCCCACUGCAAGAGGCUUAAAGUCGGAGACGAACUCAUCAACAUUAAUGGGUCCGCCCUUUACGGCAGCCGACAGGAAGCUCUCAUCCUCAUCAAGGGCUCCUACAGGAUACUGAAGCUCACAGUGAGGAGGCGCAGCGUCCCUCUCAUCAGGCCUCACUCCUGGCACCUGGCCAAGCUGUCGGAGACGCUCCCCCUACCACCUCCUCCGUCUCCUCCACCUCUGACCCCACUCCUCCCCCCUGCAGACUCCCCUCCGCUCCCCCCUCCUCCCCCUCCGUCUGCCAUGCAGCUCCACUCCGGCUCCUACGCUCUACCCUGGCACACAACCGACAACAGUGACUUAUCUAUACAGUGGGAUCAGUUGCCGAGACCAUACUCCUCCACUGACCGAAGCAGUUCCCUUGGUUCUAUGGAAAGCUUGGACACACCAACGCCCACUGCACAGCAAUUCUCGGACUCCCACAAUUCACCUGUUGACCCCACCCUCUUCAACAACAAGCGAGACUCCGCCUACAGCUCCUUCUCUGCCAGUUCAAACACUUCUGACUACGCUACGGUGCCUCUUAGGCCUGGUGAAGCCUCCUCCAUGGAUAACCUCUUCCAGAGCCUCGGCCCAGCAUAUCAAGGAUACUCUGGUGAUGCCUCCACUCUUGGGAGGUCAUCUGGUGAGGCACAAGAUCAGGCGCAUCUAAUUGUGCUCAAGUCCAGAUCGUUGACCAGGCCAAAACCAAAGUCCACCGAGAUAAAAGAGAGGCCAUCAUCCUGCUGUUAUGGACAGGGCCAGACAAAGGGGGAUUUGGAGAUUGUAAGGAAUGGAGAUUCUCAAAUGGAGAGAAAGAACAACCCCCCUCUGCCUCCAACUCGUAAGGACAGCUUUAGGGCAACCCGGAGUCGCCCUAAAGCUGCCAACAGCUGCUGCACCUCGGCUCCACUUGAAGAUUGCAGCGUUUCUUAUUGUAAAGACAACCUGCCUUGUCUGAACGUUGAUUCUGCAAUUGAAAAUGGUUUCCCUGUAUCAGAGAAGGGUGAUCAAAGUGAAAACUUCAAUACGGAUUCAGAAGACUCAAAAUUUAGCCAAAGACAGACUGAAAAACCUAUACAUCAGAGAUGCGAUAGUAGCUCUGAAACUGACUCUAAAUCAGAGACUCAAUCAGAACACCUCUUCGACUUGGUUCCAUCCCCAAAAGUUACCAUCAGUCCUUCUGUUUCACCUUACUUAUCCUCUGAAUCUGCUAAAGAGAUUCAGGGGGAGUCCCAUGUAAACCACUGUCAAACGAAGCACUCAUCCACAGGCCUUCACCGGCACAGUGCCCCCGAGAAGCUACUCGCCACUCAACUUCAGCUACUGCAGUUAAACAACCAUGAUUCCUCUCUGGAGCCCUUUAACCCAUCAAACACUCCUGGUCCCUCAGUAUCCUCCAGCAACCAGUGGUCUACCGAUUUGUCCCUCCAGAACACAACUGAGGACCCAGCACUUCCCACAUCACAUAAGCGGGAAAGUAGCCGAUGCUCGACUCCAGGAUCUGUGUUCGUAGAGGGAGAAUGUGAGGACGGGGGCUCAAGUCGAAGGCUGGAAGGAUUGGAUGUAAAUGGGAAGUCUCCCUCACCAAUUCAUCACCAUACCCCUUGGGGUCGUUCUGUAAGUGUACCAGGUGAACCAACUGGAGAAAGGAUAACCUCUGAUCAGCUAGCAGAGGGUGCCUUUCAGCCGCUCAGUGCAGCUGCCAGCAUGGAUACAUUACUGGACGAGCAAAUACUUGUGAAAAAGGGGGGGACUGGGGUUAAAAAUGAAGAAGUGGCAGAAACAGAAGUAAGCACGAAGAAGUCGAGCUCCUCCAAAAACCUUCGGCGGAACCGUCGGCGCAGUGAGCGCUUUGCCACCAACCUACGGAAUGAAAUCCAAAGGAAAAAGGCCCAGCUUCAGCGUGGCCAUGGACCAGGAGGGCUGCUGUGCAGCAGAGAGACCGUCCAAGAAGAGGAGGGGUCAGACCUUUGCGAAGAUGGAGCAGACUCAAACAGGCCUGUUCAGAACAAUUGCACCAAAGUUGCCUUUGCCACAUCGGCGGUCCCUGAGGAUUCUCAGGCUUCAUCACAGAUGAAGACGUCAAACACCUCAGGAGAGUCAGACUUCGGUGUCCUCAAGACCACAUUGUUAACUCAGGGCAAUAAUCGAUCAAGGUCUGUUCAGAUUCUAGAUCCGGGCGUUCCCAGCUUUGGUGUUGGCAUUAGAGUGGUUGAGGAACCUGCUCCUGCUGGUAAGGCUCGCCGCUGGCGAUGGACCCCAGAGCACAAGCUCCAGCCAGAACCUGAUCAAGAGCAACAGUGUGGAGUCUUGGGCAAUAGGGUGUUAGGAGUAACUGGGUCACGGCAUGGAGUUUGUGCCUUCAGCUCCUCCUCAAGCUCCUCCUAUAGCCGCUCCUCUUCUAGCUCUCGAUCCGAAGAGUCGGAUAUACUUCCGUUUGCAGAUAGAAUGAAGUUUUUUGAAGAGACUUCCAAAGGUAUGCCUGUGUCAAACGCCUCAAAGAGGAUCAGUCACAGGCAGAACCAUCAGGAUAGGCAAUUAGAUCAACAGAGAGGGGAGAUCAGCAACAAUUCAACCCAAAUGAGAUACUCCUACCAGGGAGGAGUACAGCAGGAAGGUGUCCAUUUUCCAAACACAGUAGAAUCCAGAAGGCAGUCUGUGAGUGCCUUCAGGAAGAGACCGAAAGAGAUAGCGAGGGAACAACUGAGGGAGAGGGAGGUGAGGUUUAGGGAGAUAGAGAGGCAGCAGGAGCUAGAAAGGCAAGAAAGAGAAUUAGAAAUGGAGCGGGCAAAGCUGAGAGAGAUUCAGCGAGAGGAAAGGAUGAGGCAGUGGGAGAGAGAACGAGAGAGGGAACUGGAAAGGACAAAAGCGGCUGAGAAGGAAAGGAUGGAAAAUCAACAGUUCCCCUCACAUCCGGACUGUUACAGUAGCCCUAGCAUCAGAGAACAAGGAAACUUCCAGUAUAAGGACCAGUUCUACAACUGGUCCGGACAACAGACAUUUUCUCAUUGUCAAAACCAAGUCCCGCAUUCAGCUUUUCAUCUCGUCAGAAAUCAUAUGCAGCCAGAGAACCAAGAGGCUUUCCAUCAGGGAUACAACACAAGGAGCUACACCCCCACAGAGAUGUUUCACUCUCCGCAACAGGAAACGACCAAGCUUGGCAGGAAGUACAGCCUGACAGAGAGAGACUACUCUAGCUGGAGACGAGAGUCCAGGCCGCCGCAGAGCGUCCAUCAGCAGCAGCAUCCCCUUCAUCAGGCGCAGUGGGACUCCAGACGGCCCGCCAGUCGCAGCGAUGACCGAGACGGCUGCACCGCCGCCCCCCCGCCGGCUCCCCUUUACCUCCGAGGACGAGCCAUGUCUGAAAACGACCUGCGCUUCGAGAGCAGCCACCGCUGGUCGCCCUCUAUUUACGGCUCCGUGAGCCAGACCCUGAGCAAGAUGGAGGAGGGCGGAGACCCGACCAGCGCCGCCAGGCAGAGGAAGAAGAAAACGCCUCCUCCGCCCAGACCACCACCGCCCAAAUGGGAGCAGUUCCACAGCCGACGGGCCUCCCACCACGCCCUGCUGGCGUCCUCGCCGUUCGCUGCCCCUCCCUCCCUCAGCACGGAUGGACGCCACUCGGCUCACUCCCUCUCCUACGCCCCCCCGCCCGAUACGUCGCGGCAGAGGUCCUACAGCCUGCCCCCGGAGAGGCAGGAAGCAGAGAGCUGUUUUCAGUGCAGCUGCAGCCGAAUCCAAACCUCAACCCUAUCCCAGCCGUCCAAUCAGAGCACAGCUCCGCCCAGCCCCAUGCUGUCCAGGAAGGGCUUCAGGCCAGUGGCCCCGCCCCAUGAUGAGAGGGAGGAUGAGGUAGGGGCGGGGCCUGCAGCUUGUCCACCAGCUGACAGCCCAGUGAGCAGUUCAUCUGGAAUGGAUGUGAGCCACAGUCUGGAUCCCGAAUCACAGCCUGGCGUCAGACCUGAGGCCUACUGGGAGAGAGCCGCCGCGCCUUCCCCCAGCUCAGAAAAUUGUCGUCCUGCUGACGCUCACUACAGCCAAGCAGAUCAGCAGCAGCAGGUGUUUAUAAGCAGAGGCUUCCAGGCUGACCAGAGGCAGAACCCCCCCGAGUCUGGAACCGAAGCCACGCUGAGCCCGAGCCAGAGCCCCGCCCACAGCCUGGACGCAGAGCUGGAGGUUCCCAUGGAAACAGACAUUGAUGAUUUCCAGGAGCUGCCCGUGGAGGAGCUGCCCAUCAGCAGCGAGCUGCCAUGCUUCGCUCAACCUGUCACAGUCCUGGAGACGGAUAUCGACACGCUGCCUGAUCCGGGAGACUCGCCGUCAGCCGAAGCUCUGGAUGGGAGCGGCUCGCUGGAAGAGGAGGAGGAGGAGCUGGAGCUUUUCCCGCCCAGCGGGGAGGGAGAGUCGGAGACGGAAAGCUGGAGGGGAGGCUGCCCGUCUGCGGAGCACAACACCGACAGCCUGGACAGGCAGUCUGGGGCGAGCUCCAGCUGUUCGUCUUAUUACCACACAUCAGCAGCCAAGGCUCAGAUUCUGUCCCAGAUGAAGGACUUCACCGACCGCGGAGAGAAGCUCCAGGAGGACGAGCUCACCUACAAGAAGCAGCUGAUGGAGAGCCUCCGUAAGAAGCUGGGAGUGCUGAGGGAGGCUCAGAGGGGCCUGCAGGAGGACAUCAGGGCCAACGCACAGCUGGGAGACGAGGUGGAGAACAUGGUGGUGGCGGUGUGCAAGCCCAAUGAGGUGGACAAGUACCGCAUGUUCAUCGGCGACCUGGACAAGGUGGUCAGCCUGAUGCUGUCUCUGUCUGGGAGGCUGCUCAGAGUGGAGACCACGCUGGACACGCUGGAUCCCGAGACGGAGCACCAGGACCGGCUCCCCCUGCUGGAAAAGAAGCGUCAGCUCAUGAGGCAGCUGUCCGAGGCUCAGGACUUGAAGGACCACGUGGAUCGCAGAGAGCAGGCCGUCAGCCGGGUUCUGGCCCGCUGCCUCAGCCCGGAGCAGCACAGAGACUACAGCCACUUUGUGAAGAUGAAGGCUGCCUUGCUGGUGGAGCAGAGGCAACUCGAGGACAAGAUUCGUCUGGGAGAGGAGCAGCUGAGAGGACUGAGAGAGAGCCUGGGCCUGGGAAUGGGAAUGGGUUUAGGAAUAUCAAUGGGAUACGGACAUUACUGAGGAUAAAGCUGUAACAUUCAGUCCAAAAAGCAGACCUCAUGCUUUCAUGUUAAACACAUACUGAAGGAUGGUAACUUGCGCAUCUAUCUUGACUUUUCUUUGAUGGAGCUAAAUAUGAAGCUGCUGCAGACAGUAAGUUAAGCAUAAAUCUAGGUAUUAAAAGCCACUGACUGUUCACCUGCAACCACUGCAACAAGUCAGGGUUAAAUGAUCUAUUCCAGCUCCAAAUCACCAACUGACAACCCUGAAGGUGCUUCUAAGCAAACAAUAAGGGAUUUUUUUUAACAAUAACAGCGACAAGAUCCGCUUGAAGAGGGGAGCGACUCUGAGAGGGCAUACCAUUUCCAAGACAAUGACGAAGAACUCAAACACUUUGUGCCUUAAACAAGUACUGUACAAUUAAAAGUCUCAUUACGUAUUUUACGUUGUUCUACACUCUGUCGCCAAAGACUUUGACUGUCAUUCACUUCUGUGUUCUUUUGUAUUUAAAUCUCCUGGUUCAGAGAAGCUGGGGAGGUUAUCUUUGGUGCUCUGUAUAACCACACUAAAGCCAACAUUUCUCAGCUUUAUUUACUUUAAAGCAUCGAUUCAGCUUCAUAUAAACUGUUGUAUCGUCUGGUUUUGUGUUAUUUUGUGUCACAUUACUGUAUUUGUGGAGAGUUUGACACUCUGUUCACUGUCAUAUAAUCUUUAUUUGCAGAUAGGCAAGGCGUUUGUUAUGAAUGUGGUUUGUAUAUUAUGGUUUAGAUUUUUUUUUUUUAAGGAACAUUUGUUGUAAAAGAUGAGUGAGAAGAUCUGGAAAAAUUGAAGUUUACUGUAAAUGUUUACAAUGAAUGAAAGAAUCCGAGGAGGAGGGAUGGUUCUGUUGCAUCACGUGACGUUAAGAUAAUUAAUAACAUUUUCAGCAUUUUAUCCCAAAUCAUAACCUUUACUGACUUUGAAAUUUUUAUUUAAUUUCAUUUCAUCCAGUGCAGACAAAUUUGGAUACAAAACCAACCUUUUUGUAAACACAUUCUAAUUGGUUAUUAUCUAUCUUGCUAGAUUAGGACAGAACAUUGGCAAAAAAGAGGUAUUUGAUCAGAAUAUAUAUGUUAAACAAAACCGUGAUAAAAAAGAAAAAC